UGGUAGGUCUGUUUUACAUUCGUCAGACAGCUGGAGCUCGUGACCCAAACUCGUGAUUUAUAUCCAUCAACCCUGCUAAUCUUUUCCAUUUUCAAAACUGCGAACCCAGCGAUUCAUUUUUUCGAACAUUUAACUUUUAAUUUACCAGUCUUGUCUGUCCACAUCUAUCAAAAAUGUCGAGAGUAAUGAAGAAAAAGGUUUUGUUGAUGGGCAAAAGUGGAUCCGGAAAAACCAGUAUGAGAUCCAUCAUCUUUGCCAACUACAUUGCUCGAGACACGCGUAGACUUGGGGCCACAAUUGACGUCGAGCAUUCGCAUGUCAGAUUUCUUGGAAACCUCGUGUUAAACCUCUGGGAUUGCGGAGGUCAAGAGGCAUUCAUGGAAAAUUACUUUGCGAGUCAGCGAGACAAUAUUUUUCGCAACGUCGAGGUUCUGAUCUACGUUUUUGACGUUGAGAGUAGAGAGCUGGACAAGGACAUGCAUUACUACCAAAGUUGCCUGGAGGCAAUUCUGCAGAAUUCUCCAGAGGCUAAAGUUUUCUGUCUGGUGCACAAAAUGGACUUGGUCCAAGAAGAUCAGCGAGACAUGAUUUUCCAAGAAAGAGAGGAUGACUUGAAGCGCCUGUCAAAACCACUGAACUGCACCUGCUUCCGCACAUCCAUCUGGGACGAGACCCUUUACAGGGCGUGGUCAAGCAUUGUCUAUAUGCUCAUUCCAAAUGUGAAGGAGCUGGAGCACAGUCUGCAAGAAUUUGCCAAUAUAAUCGACGCAGACGAGGUGCUCCUUUUUGAAAGGGCCACCUUCCUUGUCAUUUCCCAUUCAGAGCGCCGAAGUCAUAAGGACAUACACAGAUUUGAGAAAGUCAGCAACAUUAUUAAGCAGUUCAAACUUAGCUGCAGCAAACUGGCUGCUCAGUUCCAAAGCAUGGAGGUUGUCAACUCGAGUUUUGCUGCUUACAUAGACAUGUUCACCCCUAACACAUACGUAAUGGUCAUCCUGUCUGAUCCAACUAUUCCAUCUGCUGCCACUUUGAUUAACAUUCGGAACGCGAGAAAGCACUUUGAGAAACUGGAAAACCAAAGCCAGCAGGGUCAACUUUUGCCUGCUCGUCCAAACUAGUGUGGUCUGUGAAAAGAAUGACAUAUUUUUAUAAUGGUGACGUGAAGCAGUGGUGAUAUGUGACAGACUGCACUCUGCCUAGUUUUAAUGAGUGAAGCUGGUUGCCCCGGCGACCAUUCUCUAAUUGAUUGCUCUCAUUUUUUUAUUCACACAAAUUAUUUUAGAUUGCCCUGCGGACUAGUUUUCCACAUUACUUCCACUUCAACUGAUUUUGUUUACAACAUUUUAAUAAUUAAUAGGCAAAAAAUUCACUUUUAGGAGCUAUUAGCUUGGAAAAUUAUGACUGAAAAAAAAUAAUUAAAUGUGAAAACUCUUAUGUACAUAAUGCUGUUGAUAUUUUUUUAGAUGAACAAAGCGCUUUUCCAAGGUUGUCAUAACAAUAAAAUGCUCUCAUUUUUGCGCGGCGCGAAUUUAAUUACGCUCUCGCUGAAAGUGGCGUGCGAAUGAAAUUUUGUAAUUUAUGGUGACGCCCUGAAAAGUAGCGGAGUGCUUGAUUGCAUUGCCCGAUAGAUUAAAAUGCUGUCAAACGCAGCCCGCGGUAACACAUCAUGAAGAGACAGAUCAAUAAUUUCAACACAGUGAGUCUGUGCAAAAACUAUCAAAUAUAAUGCUAUAUAGAACGGACGCGAUCCAAGCGGAAAGACGACGGCGGCGCGGUGAGCGUGUGCAUGUCUGCAAAAAGAUUACAUUACCGACCGUUUGUGUACAUAGUUUAAAAAAUACAUACAUAUUCUAAUAUUGAAUCCGUCUUUUGUUUCAAAUAUGUCUCGCCACAAUGUAUACAAGCGCUGCAUAUUAAAAUGGAAAUUAGUCUGCGCGAUAUCCUUUGUAAUCUCAACAAAUCAAAAUUAAUCUGUAUAUCAUGAUUUCGAUUGAUUAAAGAACAAGUAU